AUCUGCUAUUUGCCCUAUUGAUUGGUUCUUCUGAGAAAUUGAAGGAAGAAAGAUAAUCAGACCAAACAUGGCAGAAACAAGGCUGUCUUGUAGGAACAAGAGGUGGUCUCUUGAGGGCAUGACUGCUCUUGUCACUGGCGGAACCAGAGGCAUUGGAUAUGCAAUUGUGGAAGAACUAUCAGAACUUGGAGCCGUAGUUUACACAUGUUCCCGUACCCAGACAGAACUAGAUGACAGGCUGCAAGAAUGGCAGAGUAAAGGGUUUAAAGUAAGUGGCUCUGUUUGCGACCUCGCAUCCAGAGAACAGAGACAGAAGCUUAUCGAGUCUGUCUGCUCUACUUUUGAUGGAAAACUCAAUAUCCUCGUGAAUAAUGCUGCAACUACGAGGGUCAAAGAGUGUCUGAAACAUACUCUGGAAGAUUACUCCAACUUAAUGACUACCAAUUUCGAGUCUCCAUACCAUCUGUGUCAGCUUGCUCACCCUCUCCUGAAAGCAUCAGGAAAUGGGAGCAUCGUUUUUAUCUCCUCCGUCGCCGGCACAAUGGCUCUGCCUUCUUCAUCCGUUUAUGCAGCAACCAAGGGAGCCAUCGACCAAGUCAGCAAGAACUUGGCAUGCGAAUGGGCGAAAGAUAAUAUCCGCGUCAACACCGUCUCCCCAUGGGCUGUCAAUACCACCAUUGGACGAGCAGUACAACCUGACUUGGAUUUUCCGGCUGUUGAGCUAUUUCUGAAGCUAAUACAGGGAACUCCAAUGGGUCGGCAAGGGGAGCCUAAUGAGAUAUCGUCGUUGGUGGCCUUCCUUUGCCUUCCGGCAGCUUCGUACAUCACGGGGCAGAUUGUUUACGCCGAUGGAGGAUAUACGGCCGGCGGAUGUUGGCCUCCACCGACUCUCAGCCUGGAUCAACUUAAGUCACGCUUCUGUAAUUGUGAUUAAUAUGUCUAAGGAAUAAAUAAAACAGCAGUUUGUAAGUUUAAACUCUGGGCGGUUCCUAGCUAUUGUAUUCUAUGUUAAAGAGCUUCUGUGUCCAUAUUCCCUAUCAAAAACUCUGUUUUUUUUUUUUUUUGGGGUCUACCUCAAGUGUGUGAUAUUGUCCAGAUAUUUAAAAUAUAUUUCUUUCCGUUGA